CCCCACCAACUACUGUAAACUAAGUCGCGUCCGUUCAUCUUCUCACUCACGCGCCUUGAUAUUGAGAGCCUUGGUGCGCCUGCACUUGACAAUGUGCUGUUCCUCGCCGGUCAGAUCAUAGGCAAGGACUUCUCGUCCAUGAGGACGCCUUCCUUGCUUUCACGAUCUUCCUGUACCUCUUCCUGGAAAUCAACCACGCAGGCGAAACAUCUUGCUGGUUCAAUAACAAUGGCCUCUAGGACUCGCACGACCACAAAUCUAGCACGCACUAAUGUCCGACCUGGCAGAGAUUCUCCCUAAUUUCGACUCCCGAGACUACACCCAUCUGUUCCACUCCCUUGAAAAGAAUGACAUUACUGUAGCCGACUUGAUCACUCUCGAUCCUAUCGAAAUUGCUCGAAGGUGUCCGCUACCUGCUACCGAUGUUCAGAAGUUUGUGUUGGAUGUCACAAAAGCUCUCCAGGAUGAUUUGCAAGGGAAAGUCAAGCAAGUCUGGGACAUUAAAAUUACAGACCCGGCUGAGGCUACGGUGACGAUUGCAGAAUCGUUGAAUGGUGCAGCCAGUCCAGUAGUAGGACCUAGUCUGAAGACACUCGACGAAACGAUCGACCGAGCAUUAGGUGGCGGCAUCGUACCAGGUCAUAUUGUGGAAGUCGUGGGAGAGAGCGCGGUGGGGAAAACGCAGUUUGUUCUGGGGUUAUUGCUGUCUGUCCAACUGCCUCCGCCGCAUGGACUGGGCAGGGGUGCAAUCUAUGUCUCGACCGAGGCGCCACUCAGCACGAACCGCUUGCAGCAGAUGCUGGAGUCUCAUCCCGCGUACGAGGCCCUAAAACCAAGAGAUCGACCAUCCCUUGACCACGUCCAUGCCAUUGCAACCAACGACUUGGAGGCACAAGAACAUAUUCUUCGAUUUCAGCUACCGGUCGCAGUGCAGCGUUUCAAUGUUGGGCUGGUCGUUCUUGAUUCUGUUGCCGCAAACUUCCGAGCUGAGCACGAGACUCGGACACCAGCAGGGCUUGCAAAGAGAGCCACUGAACUUGGUAAAUUGGGCAGUAUGCUGCGGCGGGUCGCCAUCGAAAACAACGUCGUUGUCGUGGUCACCAAUCAGGUAUCAGAUCGAUUUGAUGAACUCAGGAAUCUACCACGGUCUUCAUCUCCAGCUUCGUCUUCGCCAGCAAUCCCUGGUCCGGGCCUACCAUCAGCAUCGGCUGAGCUGCGACGGGAAGUUCAAAGUCUUGAUCACCAACAAUGCUUCUUUACAGGAUGGGGUGACGACAGCGAAGAAAGACGUAGCCAAUUCAAGAAUCCUGCACUGGGGCUGGCAUGGGCCAACCAGAUAUCCACUCGCCUUGUCCUUAAGAUGGAAAGUGAGCGACUGGAAUAUGCUGGAGGAAACAUAUGGAGGGACAAGAAGAAGAGUCGCACGUUUCGAGUCGUGUUCGCACCCUGGACCUGCCCAACCACAGCAGCAGUUCCGUACGAGAUCGACAUGCAGGGGAUCAUAUCCAUCUCGGAGGAGAAGAGACUGGAAGAGUCGUCCCCAUCAGUCAACGAAGAACAUACCGCACUGCUGAAAGAGGAGUUUUGGGCUAUGGAUGACGAUGAAGAAUAUCCGUGAUGAGAUAUCCUGCCAGCAGACGGUGUAAUGACUCCUGUUGGAUAUCCAGUUUUGGUUCUAGACCAUAUUGCCAUGGCUUUAGUGAUACGAAUCUGACGCCACCGUCCUCUACAAAGCUUGGCACAACCCUACACACGGCGGCGGGAACACAUGCAUUGUAUAGUUCUCAAGUCGUAGGCCCCUGACGUGCAUACACUCAGGCACGUAAGCAUGCAAGUCCAGGAGAAUUGAUGGUACUUAUGUUGUCCAGAGCCAGAUCGACAUGCUGGACCACAUGCCCGUUCCAGCCGUCCGUCUUGAUUAGGUAUGUAUAUGCGACGCCAUCGCCUUCCAGUGUGAGAUUGGGUGAAUGAUCAUGUUGAGUUCUGAAC